AUGAGGCUUUUCCCUUUUUCUCUAGCUGGGGCAGCAAAAGAAUGGGUUGAAGAUCUGCCUGCACAGUCCAUCACCACGUGGAAGGAGCUUGGAGAAGCCUUCCUUAUGCGAUUUUUCCCACCCACAAAGGUGUGUGAUUUGAGGGAUGACAUCACAGGGUUUAGACAGUAUGUGGAUGAGUCAAUCCAUGAGAGCUGGACUAGAUUAAAGGGGCUGCUCGAAAAGUGUCCUACACAUGGUCUUCCUAAGUAUCCAGAGGCUUUUAAGACACUUGAGAGAAUAAGCCAAAACAGUUGCCAAUGGCCUGAACAAAGAGAUGAAGCUCCAAAGAAGGCAGCUGGACUUUAUGAAGUGAGUGAAAUCACUUCCACGGCAGCUGAGAUGGCAUCACUGCAUAACACUUUCAAGGUUUUAGUCAAGCAAAUGGCUGAAACCAAACAGCCACCACUUGCUCAACUAGCUGCAGCCACACCUAUUUUCUCACUUUGCUAUGGUGCCCAUUUGUUUGAAGAAUGCUCAAGCAAUCCCUCUUCAGCCUACUAUGUUGGUGACUACAACAGAAACUACAAUAAUAGAGGGAACUAUAACCAAGAUCAGCAAAGGAAGCCUAAUGGAGAAACUCAGCCUCUUCCAAAUGAUCAGUGGUCAAACCGAAUGCUGCAAAAUCAUGAGGCCAUGCUUCAAAGUCAUGGAGCAAUCUUGAAAAGCUUGGAGACACAAAUGGGGCAGAUUGCAUCCUCUCUUAGCAAUAGACCGGUGGUAACUCUUCCUAGUGAUACUGAAGCACCAAGGAGAUAG